GAGAAAAAUCGAUUAUUAACCAACUCACACUUUAUAUAAUCAAAAUUGGCGCGAACGUAUCAUAAAUUGCAAACAAUUAUUGAAACAUUACAAAUAACGCAUAAGGUGCAGUAUUCUAUUAAAAUAAAAUUGUUGAAUUUCAGAAAUGUAAAAUGAGUCAGUUUAUAACAAUACAAGUUGGUCAAUGCGGCAAUCAAAUAGGGUCUGCUUUUUGGCCUUUAGCUUUACACGAAUAUGGUAUACAAAUUAAAAAUAGAUUCGUCAAUCUUCUUAAGAUACAACGAAAUCAUAUUAAGAAUAUAGACGCAUUAUGGGAUGGAUUUUACAGUUUUUUUCAUGUACCUGGAGAUACAGAUAAUUUAUGCUUCAAAACAAUAGCAGAAUUGAAUGCAGCAAAAGUUAAAGCUAGGGCCAUUCUAAUAGAUAUGGAAGAUAGUGUUGUAGGGCGAUUUCAACAAGGACCAUUACGUGAAUUAUUUAAUAGAACUUGUACGGUGACAAAUUAUCCUGGUUCUGCAAAUAAUUGGGCCAUGGGAUAUUAUACUCAUGGUACAGAAUAUCAUGACCGAAUCGAAGAAGUAAUAAGGCAGUCUGUUGAAUUGUGUGAUUAUUUAGGUGGAUUUUUACUUUUGCAUUCUGUUGCUGGUGGAACUGGUUCUGGUUUAGGAACAGCAACUUUGAAAAUGUUAAGCGACAGUUAUCCUCAUGUAGAUAGAUUAGUGUCUUGCAUAUAUCCUGCAGGCAUGGAAGAUGUUAUUACAGGUCCAUACAAUACAUUGUUAGCGACAAGAGAGUUGAUAGAACAUGCUACUUGUGUAUUUCCAGCUGAAAAUAAUGCACUUUUAAAAAUAUGUGAAACUCAAAUAAGGAAUAAUGAUAAUAUAGAUCAGGCUAAUUUUAAUGCUUUGUGUUUACCAUUUCAGGAUAUGAAUAGUAUUAUCGUUAAUAUGCUUCUUCAUUUGACUAGUGGCUCCAGAUUUCCUGGAAAUUUAAAUAUAGACAUCAGUGAUUUAGCUACAAGUCUUGUUCCAUAUAAAAAGAUGCAUUAUAUAUUUAGUAGUGUUAGACCAAUAGCUUUGACAGCACCUAAAUUUUUUACUACAGAUGCUUCAAAGCUUCAAGAUAUGCUGUUUACUAAUGCAUUGUCUCGGAAUAACCAGUUGACUAAAGUACAUCCACUACAGUCAGACUCUGUUGUUUUGAGUGCCGCAUAUAUUGGAAGAGGACAAUUUUCUAUAACUGGCAUGAAACGAAAUAUUGAAAGAUUUCAAAGUAAAGCUAAAUUUACACCAUGGAGUAAGAAUUCAAUAAAAAUAGGUUUAUGUUCAGUACCUCCACCUGGACAUACAACAUCUCUGUUGUGCUUGCUUAAUACCUCAGCUAUUUCUUGUAUGUUUACAAAUUUAAUCGACCAGUUUACAAAAUUAUAUCGUCGAAAGGCACAUGUUCACCACUAUUCCCAAGUUUCUGGAUUUGAAAAUUCACAAUUUUUAGAUAGCAAAGAAAUUAUCUUUAAUUUAUGUGAACAUUACAUGGAGCUUCAAAAUCAAAAACAAAGGCAUAUUUCACGAUUGCAAACACUUUAAGAAUUGUAUGUGUGGAAACAUUAGAAUAACAAGGAAUUGUAUUGUAAUUGUAAGUGAUUUAUUAAUUUAAUCAAAUAGUUUAACAUAAAAUAAUUUCAAUAAAAAU